AUGAUGAAGUGGCGGCCAUGGCCACCACUAGUCUCCAAGAAGUUCCUAGUCAGGUUGAUUGUGCGGAGGCUCCAGGGCUGUCAUCUGCUGCAAGACGCUGGACGGGAAGGUUCCAGAUUGGUCGUGGAGAUUCGAUGGAAGGGUCCUAAGAUGACGCUCGGCUCUCUGUUGCGGAACUCCGUCGGUAGAAAUUUUACCAGAGAGGCGGUUGUCGACGGCGCCGCCGUGGUUGACUGGGAUGAGGAGUUUCAAACAUUGUGCAAUAUGAACUGUUACAAGGAUAAUGUCUUUCGCCCCUGGGAGAUCGCUUUCACUCUUUUUAAUGUUAGUCUCUGUCAACUUUUCCGCCGUACUAAUAUUAAUGGAUUGAAUCAGAAAUCGAGAAGCAAGGUUGCUAUUGGAACGAAAUUAUUGAAUAUUGCUGAGUUUGCAUCUUUAACCCAUCAGAAAGAUUUUGAUUUGAACAUUCCACUCACGCUAACUGGAGGAUUUGUAGAGCCUUCUCCUUUACUUUGUAUAUCAAUUAGCUUGAUAGAGCAAAGAGUUGCUCAAGGAAGCUUGGAGCGAGUUCAGAGCUCUAUAGUGCCUGUGCCAUUGCCCUCCGCCAAGUCAGGAGAAAAAACCUUGGCAGAAAAAGAUGAGCUUUCUACAAUUAAAGCUGGUUGUAUGAAAGUAAAAAUUUUGACGGAGUUGGUAUCUUUCAAGAAAGUAAAAAAGGGUUCUCCUGAGGAAGAGGGAAGUGAAGGUAGGUCAUCUAGGAGUGAGGACGGUGAAUACAGUUAUCCUUUGGAUACUGAAUCGUUUGAUGAUUCUGAGGAAGGCGAAACAGAUGAGGGAAAGGAACAUUCCGGUGUUAGGAAGUCAUUCAGUUAUGGAACACUGGCCUCUGCAAAUGCUGGAGGAUAUUUUAAUUCCAACAUGAGAGUAAAUUAUGAUGAAGAUUGGAUUUAUUACAGCCAACCUAAGUCUGAUGUUGGGUGUUCACAGAUGGAGGAUUCCACCGCUUAUUCUUCCGAGCAUUAUUUAAUACAAAGUUCUAAGCGCAGCAUACUUCCAUGGAGGAAGAGGAAGUUGAGUUUCAGAUCUCCUAAAACUUUUAGGGGAGAGCCUUUGUUAAAGAAGGCGUAUGCAGAAGAAGGAGGUGAUGACAUAGAUUUUGAUCGUCGUCAACUUUGCUCCGAUGAAUCCCUUUCUUUACCUUGGUACAAGAUUGAGGAGGACACGGCUGUACAUGGAUCAUCAAUCUCUGAAUUUGGGGAUGACAGUUUCGCUGUAGGGAGUUGGGAGCAGAAAGAAGUCAUGAGUCGUGAUGGUCGUAUGAAGCUUCAGACACAUGUCUUCUUUGCUUCAAUUGAUCAACGCAGUGACUGUGCAGCAGGUGAGAGUGCAUGUACAGCUCUUGUGGCUGUGAUUGCUGACUGGUUCCAAAAUAAUCGUGAUCUUAUGCCCAUAAAGUCUCAGUUUGACAGUCUAAUUAGAGAAGGCUCUUCAGAAUGGAGGAAACUAUGUGACAAUGAUACCUAUAAAGAGCGUUUCCCUGACAAGCAUUUUGACCUCGAAACAAUCAUUCAAGCAAAAAUACGUUCCCUUGCCGUGGCUUUUGGAAAGUCUUUCAUUGGUUUCUUUCAACCCGAAGGCAUGGAUGAAGGGAAAUUCGACUUUUUACAAGGCGCCAUGUCGUUUGAUAAUAUUUGGGAUGAGAUUAGUUGUGUUGGACCAGAGUGUUUUGGCAAUGGUGAACCUCGUAUUUAUAUUGUUAGUUGGAACGACCAUUUCUUCGUCCUCAAAGUUGAAUCUGAUUGUUACUACAUCAUUGACACCUUGGGAGAAAGACUUUAUGAAGGGUGCAAUCAGGCAUAUAUCUUGAAAUUUGACAGCAGCACAGUGAUUUACAAGAUGCCAAAUGUUCCUCAUUCAUCAGAUGGUAAAACAUCCAAUGACCAACAAGCAGAAGUACUAGAUCCCAAUAUCAAGAAAACACAACAUGUAAACAACAAGGAUGUGGAUUGUGUUGAAGGAAAGGAUGAGCAGUUGAGAAGUGAGCAAGAAGAGGAAAUCAUAAGCAGCAGAGGGAAGGAAGCAUGUAAAGAGUACAUUAAAAGCUUCCUAGCUGCAAUGCCUAUCAGAGAAUUGGAAGCAGAUGCCAAGAAAGGUCUAAUUUCUUCAGCAAACCUUCAUCAUAGAUUACUGCAAGUUGAGUUUCACUACACCCAACUCUCACAGUAUUGUUAUUCACCUGCAGUGGUUGAAUAA